AUGGAUAAAGAGGAUAUCACUCAGAUAGACUCUGGCCAGCAUUCCAGCGAUGAUCAAAACAGCGCGGAGAAGGGAUACUUUGAGCAAGUUGACCUUCACAACAAUAUGUCUGCCAAAAUCAAGAACCCUUUGGCCGACUUGACCAAGAACCAGGUGCUCCGCAACGUGGAAGACUUUGCCGAGGAGUACAACGUCACGGAUAUCCUACCCGAGUUGAAAAAAGGAGCGCUAGUUGCGCGUAAUCCUACCGAGUUUGAGACAGUAUCAGGCUUGACUGAGGUAGAGCUCACUGCGCUGCGCGACGAAGUGCUUCACAAGUGGCGCCAGCCUAGAGCACUUUACUUCACUAUUAUCCUGUGCUCUAUCGGUGCAGCCGUACAAGGAUGGGAUCAGACUGGAUCCAAUGGUGCUAACUUGUCGUUCCCCGAUGCGUUUGGUAUCUCGGAAGACCCCAAGAAGAGCGCUGAUGCUGAAAGAAACCUGUGGCUCGUUGGGGUCGUCAAUGCUGCUCCCUACAUUGCCAGUGCUUGCCUUGGAUGCUGGCUCUCUGACCCAUGCAACCGGAUCCUGGGCCGGCGUGGUACCAUCUUUAUCUCUUCUAUCUUUUGUGUCCUUACCCCUAUUGGCUCUGCAGUAACCCAGAACUGGGUACAGUUGUUCGUAGUCCGUCUUCUCUUGGGGAUUGGAAUGGGUCUCAAAGCUUCGACAAUCCCGAUCUUUUGCGCCGAGAAUACUCCUGCUGUUAUCCGCGGUGGUCUAGUGAUGUCCUGGCAGCUCUGGACCGCUUUCGGUAUUUUCCUUGGAUUCAGUGCCAACCUUGCUGUCAAGGAUACUGGUAAGAUAUCCUGGCGUCUACAGUUGGGAUCGGCUUUUAUCCCGGCUAUCCCUCUCUUAUUUGGGGUUUACUUUUGCCCAGAAUCACCUCGCUGGUAUAUUCGACGGGGCGAGAUGGGCAAGGCAUACAAGUCGCUGUGUCGUCUUCGCAACACGUCUUUGCAGGCUGCUCGCGAUCUUUACUACAUCCAUGCCCAAAUCAAGAUUGAGAUGGACCUGAUUGGCAAGAGUAACUAUGUCACCCGCUUCGUUGAGCUCUUCACUAUUCCUCGCGUCCGCCGUGCUACUCUUGCUUCUUUCGUUGUCAUGAUUGCUCAGCAGAUGUGCGGUAUCAACAUCGUUGCCUUUUACUCGUCGACUGUUUUCAAGAACGCCGGUGCGAAUGAUACGCAGGCUUUGUUUGCUUCCUGGGGAUUCGGCUUGGUUAACUUUGUGUUCGCCUUCCCUGCUAUCUGGACUAUCGAUACAUAUGGACGUCGGACUCUGUUACUGUUCACAUUCCCCCAAAUGGCAUGGACACUGCUUGGCGCUGCCUUCUGCUUCUGGACUCCUGAGGGUACAGGUCACCUGGCUUCGAUCGCUUUCUUCGUCUUCCUUUUCGCCGCAUUCUACUCGCCGGGUGAGGGACCCGUGCCGUUCACAUAUUCGGCGGAGGUAUUCCCUCUUUCCCACCGAGAGGUUGGGAUGUCCUGGGCCGUGGCGACCUGCCUAGGGUGGGCUGCCGUGCUUUCCAUCACGUUCCCCAGGAUGUUGAGUGCAAUGACUGCCACUGGAGCAUUUGGCUUUUAUGCUGGUCUGAACGUGACUGCCAUGGUCAUGAUUUUCCUCUGGGUCCCCGAAACCAAGCAGCGCACUCUUGAAGAGCUGGAUUAUAUCUUUGCCGUCCCUACUCGGGUCCAUAUGAAGUAUCAAGUGACCAAAGCACUCCCGUACUGGUUCAAACGGUACAUUUUCCGUCGGAAUGUCGAGCUGGAGCCUCUUUACCAUUUUGAUCAUCUCGCGAGUAGUGGAGAGGAUGUUGUCGUUGACCAUGUGAAGUUGUAG